AUGUGGUGGAUGCUAGUAGACAACGAGAAAGCCAUUUCCGAAGCACUAGCAGCUGAUCUCGGCCGCCACGAGUUUGAGGCUCUGACAUCAGACCUUCAUGGCUUGAAAGCAGAUAUUCUCGAACAUCUCAAUCAUGUGGAGGAAUGGGCAGCUGAUGAGCCAGUUGCUUCAGCUGGAUUCCUCAUGGGCACUAUAGGAAAAGCACGGAUUCGAAAAGAGCCUCUCGGUGUUGUUUUGGUCAUAGGUGCAUGGAAUUUUCCUUUCUUGCUCACAUUACAACCUGUAAUUGCUGCUAUAACUGCCGGUUGCUGUGUCGUCAUAAAACCUUCUGAGCUGUCAGUUGCAUCUCAGAACCUCAUGCAAGAUCUUCUAGGGCGAUAUCUCGACCCGGAAGCCAUUAGGCUCGUCACAGGAGGACCGCAAGAAACGACCAAGCUACUGGAACUCAAGUUCAACCACAUCUUCUUUACUGGUUCAACGAAAGUUGCCAAGUUUGUCGCUGCAGCUGCAGCGAAGCAUCUCACCCCUACGGUUUUGGAGCUGGGUGGCCAGGGACCAGCUAUAGUGACUGCCAAAGCUGACCUCGAUCUUGCGGCUAAGCGUAUUGCUUAUGCCAAGUUUCUUAAUGCCGGACAGAUUUGUCUCUCGGUUAAUCACGUUUUUGUUGAUCUAGAGGUUCAUGACGCUGUUGUGCAAAGAUUACAUCACUGGACUCAGCAAUUCUCGGGUGGAGAGUCAAGUCAUAUGUGCAAGAUCGUCAACAAGCGCAACUUUGAACGCUUGUCGGACCUGUUGGAGAAGACUUCUGGGAAUGUGUUUCAAGCUUCUGGAAAGGGAGGGGACAAUAUGCUGAGCCCAACUGUUGUUACUGAUGUGAGCAUCAAUGAGGCGCUUCUGAGUGAGGAGUUAUUCGGUCCUAUUUGUCCAGUCAUCAAAGCAACCUAUAAAAAUGCAGUCCGCGAGACCAAUAGUGGUCCUCACCCUCUAGCAAUUUACAUCUUUAGCUCAAAUCGCUCUGAAAUUGAUUACGGCGGUGUCACCAUUAACGAUGUUCUAAUGCACUAUGGCGUAUCAGGCGCCCCAUUCGGUGGUGUAGGUGAUUCAGGCCAAGGCUACUAUCACGGUAAAUACGGCUUCAUGGCCUUUACCCAUCAGAGGACCAUCUUGGAAAUGCCGACUUGGAUGGACAGACUCAUGGCAUUUCGUUAUCCCCCUUUCGACAUGAAGAACACGAGCAACUUCGUAGUCAAGAACAACUUGGGUUUCCGUCAUGGAGAGACUAUGGAGGAUCAGGUCGUUGGGGGUAAUCGAUCUUGGACUUGGAUAGGAGCUGGGGUCUUCGUCGCUACUGCGAUUGGCAUUACUAUAAAGAACCGCGACAACAUUCACGGAGUAUUUCUAUAA